CCCCGGGGCCGCCCCACGGCGCCGCCAUGGCGGGCGGAGCGCGGCGCCUCUACCGCCGCAUCCUGCGGCUGCACCGCGCCCUGCCGCCCGCCCUGCGCGACCUGGGCGACCGCUACGUCAAGGAGGAGUUCCGCAGGCACAGGGCGGCCGGGCCCGCCGAGGCCCAGCGCUUCCUGCGCGAAUGGGAGAACUAUGCAGCACUGAUCCAUCAACAAAUUAAUGAGGACAAGCAAAACUUGAGAGAAAAGGCUGUAUAUGGAAUUCAGCUCACAGAAGAAAAGCUUAAUGACUUCCGUGAUGAACAGAUCGGGCAGCUGAAGGAACUGAUGGAUGAGGCUACCAAACCUAAUAAAAAAAUCACCAUUUCUAAAGACUCAGAAUACAAAACCUAAAAGAUUAAAAAUUUUAUUUUAAUGCAUAUUGGAAGCAUUUUGAAAUUGCUUUUUCCAGUUUUACUUGAAUGUGGUUUCUCUGAUAUAAUAGAUGCUGCUGAUGCUAUAACUUCUCUGAAAUGGAUGUGUUUGGCUUUCUGUGCAAGAAUAAAUGGAAAAAUGGAAUAAACACAACACUUUUAUGUUAAUUGCA